UCACUCUUUCCCUCGCUUUGGCGUCCCCACGCGCGCACCAUCCCUAUAUAUGCCUCCCUCAACUUCCACACCUUCCAUUCUCACCUCUCUUCUCACCAACACUAUAACUUUCUUCUUCUUUUCCUUCAUGCCUCAACCAACUCUUCGCCGCCGUGCUCCUGCAACCUCCAGCCGGAGAAGUAAGCCUCCGCAUCAUCCAUCGCCUUCCUCUCAUCGACGCACUCCUCCGCCCUCCUCCAACAGAUCAAAGCCUCUCAAGAUUUUGAAGCGGUGCUCAUCGGCGCCUUCACUUCUCUCCGAUUACUCCUCCGCCGAUGAAGAUCACGAUCUCGAUUGCGAUGUCAAGCACGAAGGCACGCUUUUCCGUCCUCAUACUUUUUCUGUUGCCUUUGCGUCUUCUCCUUCCCUCUUAGCUUCCUCCCCUCAGAAUCACGAGGGGUCCAGAAAAGAAGCUAAGGUGGUAGUUAGUGUGACCGUUGAGGGAAGUCCAGGACCAAUCAGAACUAUGGUUAAACUGGGCUCAAGUGUGGACGACACAAUAAAGCUUGUAAUUAACAAGUACAGUGAAGAAGGAAGAGCCCCAAAGAUCGAUCCCAACUCUGCAGCUUCAUUCCAAUUGUAUGACUCCCAUUUCAGCCUCCAAGGUUUGGACAGAUCACAACUCAUUGGGGACAUAGGUAGUAGAAACUUCUAUCUGCGGAGGAGUAAAAAUGAAUCUCCUUUCAGUUUAUUUCGUUCAGAGACUGUUGCUGAUUUAACCAAAGAAGGCUCUGCUCCUUCCAAACCACCACCACAACCACAUCCAUUGUUAUUUCCUUGCUUCAAGAUUGGCAAAAUAAUUAGAAGAACUUGCCGGAUCUGCCAGAUGGUGCUUUGCGCCAAAUGAAGUAAUUCGAUUCAGUUUCGAUGAUUGCUUCAACUUAAUUAGGACUCCAGAGCAACCAUUUUUUUUUUUCCUGUUGCUUUAAUUUUUAUCCUCCGUGAUGCCCGCUACUUAUCUGAUUCAUUGCUUGUCGUUUUGGUUAAGCAAACUGUAAAUAAAUGGUAGGAUAUAAGGAGGAAUUGUUUUUCACUUUUUUCUCAGUGGGAGGUCCCCAAUUGCCUUAAACAAUGAUGCUUUUAGAUUUAUGGCAAAUGGAAAUUUCAAGAAA